AUGAGCCACCUUUCCAUUCCCUCUCAACGAAAGAGAGCACUGUCGGUAAACAAUGCUAGUCAAUCAGAAAAGGCCGCCAUGAACAGCGCGCUGAACGAUCUUCAAAAUGACUUGAAUCUAAUAUCUUCCGAAUGGAAUAAGGUUAUUACUGCGGAUGCCAACCCAUUGGAACUCGCAUUGGCAUUUUUGGAUGACACAUCGGUUGGCCUCGGAUACAGACAUAAAGAAUUCCAAAAUUUGAGCAUACGGCUGGCUAAUAACCUUCAAUAUGCGGUGAACGAGCACUAUCAGGCAUUUAAUACCAACAUCGCAUCCUAUGAGCAAACUGUGGAGCUCAUCAAUGAGUCUCAGGAAAAUAUUCAGGAUAUAAAACACAAUAUUGCAGGCUCUGGUGCCGAUCUCCUAGGAUCCUCGACGUACCUAGAAGAGCUAAACGAGAAUUCGCAGGGAAUCAAUAAAAUGGUUGCUAUUCUCGAAGCGGUGGACUUUUUGCUGGGUAUCCCUGAUACUGCCGAAGAUUUUUUGAGGCAGAAAACCUAUUUUCAGGCCAAAGAAGCCUUAACACGCGGCUUUUCCCUGGCGCAUACAUAUGGGCUUUGGCAAAUUCCUGCACUUCAAACCACAAAACAAAUCUUGGAAUCACAAAAGCACACUCUCUUCGAGACACUGAUUGAAGACAUCAACGACCUGAUUUACUCCAAAAGAUCUGCUGUGAGUCCUAGGUAUGAAGUGAAGAUUCCCCAAAAUUCGGAUGGAAACUAUAGUAAUGUGGAGAGCUACUUGACUAAUACUGUUGAUCUUGAAAUAGACGAAAAAUCCAUUACUUCGAACGUGGAGCUGGACAACUUUUUGGAAAAACUGAAAAUUAUGACAUCUUCGGCAGUAAAUGAACCGAUGAUUCAGAACUAUGCUCGGGAAGCAAUAUUCGAGAGACUUUUCGAUCUAUUAAACAUACUGAAUGACUUAGGCGAUCUUCAUCUUGCUCUUCUAAGUAUUGCUAGUCGCGCCAAAGAGGAAAUUCAUAACGUUAUUACUCAGGCAACGGAUGCAAUGCGAACAAAACAUCCUUCUUUGAUAAAAUUCACUGUAUCGUUAGAAAAUGAAAAUGACUUUGGUUUUCCUGGCUUUGAGAUUCUUCCACUGCUCUUGAGGAACGUAUUUUGGGAGAUAUUUUCAAAACUUCUGUUUGCGUUACAAGCCCACCGGGCAAUAUAUGAAAUCUCCAAAGCUUUGCAGCCAUCUUCUGUUGUUGGAGAGGAGUAUCAAUUCGAUGAAAUAUGGAAGAAACUUCUAAGCGAAGUUGAGCACCUUAUUAAAAGUUACACGAAUGACUCUAAGUUACGCGACCUUCCUAGGACUAAACUUUCUAAUUCACGCUAUUCCAACAAUAAUUUAAGCGAAGUUAAAAAGCCCCUAACUUAUUCUCUACAGCAUAAUCUAGAUAACGGAUCAUCCACCAGGGAUCAUACUAAGGACCUUAAAGAUCUACUAAAGGACAUGUUUCCGGGAUUUUCGGCUUCUUCCAAUUUAGAGCUGAAGUCGAUAUAUCUUGAAGAGGAAGUUUUCGAGCAAGAAGAAACCUUGGUACCGCCUAGAAUUUUCAACUUUACCUUCAUCCUCGAGUCACUGUAUCUCUUCAUUAAAGGAAGCGAGGGCGUCGUUUCUUCUGAAGGUUCUACAGCUUCAAUAAGCCCUUUCACAUUUUUCACCAAAUUUAUGGAUAACGAAUUUCUUCCUCAGCUAGACCUAACAUUGACCUACCAGUUCAAGGCAAGUGUGGAAUCGAUAAAUCCUUACGCAGUAGAGCAACAGCUAGGGUAUCGACCAGUUUUCACGGCGGCUAUCAAUUUCAAAAAUUUAGUUCACAUGGUUAUGUGUUUAUUCAACACGUCUUAUGCCUACAAGCCGAAAGUUGUGAAAAUUGUACUGAAAUUGCUCGACAGGUUUCAUUCAUAUUGUCUACAAGUUCAGACGGAACUUUUAGGAACCUCGGUAAAUAAGAGGUUGGACAAGAAAAUCAAUAGUAUAUGGACAGAGGAUACCAAACUGAGGGAUUUUACAAGAAGGAUAUAUGAAGGCGAUGCAGAUUGCUUAAGGGAUGAGAUCGAUCAACUCCUGAAGGCGUGUCCAAAUUUUUAUCAGCGUGACAGAAAUCUGAAGAAACAGGAUUUGUUCAACCCAUUAACAUUAGAAACGAUAGCUUUAUUUUUGAACACAGUGAAGGAUGUGAAGGUGUGGCUGAUGGGGCUAGCGAACGUAUCUGAGUAUGCGGAAAACGAUGUGUUGGGAAGUUCUUUGGGCUCGAAUUUUUUAAGGUGGGAGUGGUCUUUAUUUGAGAUUUCAGACAUUGAGAGUAUCCCUAACAUAAGUGGGUUAAAGCUUGUUCUCAAUAAAGAAAGCGCCCAAGUUUUCCAAAAUAAUAUAAGCAAGUUUGAAACCAUGGAAAACAGGUUGUGGGCAUCUCUCCGCUAUGAUGUAAGGGCAAGAUCCAUUUUUUACCUAACCAAGUUUUUGCAAGAGUCUCCAUGGUGUCCCGAAGUGGCAAGUUUUGAAAUGGACCAAAAUAUAUCUGCUUUCACUAGGGAGCUUGCGAUGUUUGAAAGCCGUCUGCGAGAAACUAUUGAACCUAAUCAAAAGGAGCUUAUUUUUGGGGGCCUUGCAAAUUUUCUCAAUGUAGUGCUAACUGUUGGGUCUCGUGGCAUUGUGGCGCUUAACCACAAUGGUAUCAGAAAGAUGCAGAGGAAUAUUAAUAUUUUGCAGCAAGCUUGUAGGAAUGUUAGCAAUACGCCUCUAAAAGUGACCCUGGCUCCGGCGUUUGAUUACUUCACCAUGUGUGGAGCGAGCGAAUAUAGUGUCAUUGAACGUGCCAAUGACGGUGGUCUGCAACAAUUUUCCCUUGUCGACAUAAAGAAUAUUCUGAGGCUACAACUAAGCGAAGAACUACAACGUCAAAUGAAACGUGAGUCUGGAGUAGGGAGAACUGCGUCGUUAUCGGCCAACAAACGCUUAUCGGAUGCUGUUAAUAGGCUUCAGCCCAUGGGACACGGCGAGUGA